AUGGAGCGAAAGAGCGAACGGAGGAGGAGGAUUAUCGAAAGAGGAUUCGAACGAAUCGCGUUCAUUAAUUCCGCUCAUGUCGAUAGCGUAGAAGAUUCCGCUUCAUCUCAUCUUUUACACACAAAUUCAUCGCCUAAUAAUCGAUACAAUACUGUUGAUGAUGAAUUCUCAAGAGAAACUACAAGUGACCUGGAAACUGAAGAUGUUCCAACAUUGAGCAAAUGUGGGACUGAUACAGAAGCUCUACGUUUACCAUUAUCCCCUAUUUCGUCAAGAAGCAAGUUACCAGUAUCUCGUAUUACAUCACGAAUUCACAAAGUAUCAAGUGACAGAAAGUCUUCUCUUAAACAACAUGGCAUUCAUCUGAACCUCUACUCUCUCAAGGAAUUGAAUUUCUGCAUUAUUGCCUCAGAAACUACACGUGUUUCGUGCUCUAUCGUCAUUGCUCUUUUAGUAGUUCUAUCUAACAUUAAUCUUCAUCGGAAUAUUGUCCAAUCGAGGAGUUUCAUAUCGUCAAAUCCUCUUUACAUCCUCCUGCUGACUGAUGUUACAAUUGUGAUUGGAUGGCUAACACUCAACAGGUUUAGAUUUUCUGAGAAGAUCGAGGAGGAAGUGAGGUUGAAGGAGGAUAAAGAGAUUUGGGGAGGAGCAUUUAGGAUUUUAGAGAUUGGUUUGGUGGCACACCAGAUGGUUCGUGCCGUUUUCAUAGAUUUCAGCUUUUAUGCUGUCAUCGUCGUCUGCGGGUUCUCUCUUUUGUAG